AAUAAAAAAUAGUACAUCCAAAGUAUUUAUUUAAAAAUAUAAGCUAACACCUACCAGUUGGUUAGUAGACUCACGAGCAAUAGUGAGGAUCCCAUAUAUACAGGGUCUUUCUGAAACAUGUAGCAUGCUUACAGAGAGUGAUAGGCAGUUCGUACCAGUGUGGCUUUGUUAGCAUCACAUAAGGAAAUGCAACAUUGCAAGGCAUUGUAUUUUUGUACUCAUGUUUUUGUUAUUAGUGUGAUUGACGUUUAAUAUCUGCAGCCAGUGUAGAGUAGUUAUUUGUUCAUUUACCGUUGCAGGCUUGUAUUACGUAUGCAUGUAGGCAGUUGAAGUCUUAGAAGUGUGCCAAUGUGUCAGUCUUAUAAGUCAAUGCAGAAUAUUAUUAUUGCAUUAACGAAAGCCAUGGACACCAGCAACGAAAAUGGAAUUCAACGCCUGUAAGGAAUGUUUGGCACAAGCUACCUUAUUGGCGCAUCCUGCACCAAAUGCACCGUUGGCAGUUUUCUCUGAUGCUUCAGAUUUCACCAUAGGCGCAGUUCUGCAACAGCAAGUAAAUGGAUCCUGGCAACCACUAGCUUUCUUUUCGAGAAAACUUACUACGGCAGAACGAAAGUAUGCAGCCUACGAUAGGGAAUUGUUAGCGAUAUAAGAAGCCGUAAAGUAUUUUCGGCAUAUGGUUGAAGCUAGACAAUUCGCUAUUUUCACAGACCACCGACCAUUAACAUACGCAUUUAGGAAGAAAGAAAAGCAAUGCACACCUCGUCAAUUCAGGUAUUUAGACUUCAUUGGACAAUUUUCCACAGAUAUUCGCCAUGUUUCAGGAGACGUAAAUGUAGUGGUAGACGCUCUUUCCCGAAUUGACGAGGUGUCCAAGGAAUUAGAUCUAAAUGUAUUGGCAGCAGCGCUAAAGACAGACGAGGAAUUAAAAUCCCUUACUAGCGAAAACUCUACAUCUUUGCAACUGAAGAUGAUAAGAAUGCCAGAAACCGGCAUAUAGUUACUCUGUGACGUAUCAACUAGCAACGUUCGUCCUUUCGUAACACCUAAUUAUAGGCGCACAGUCUUCAAUUUAGUUCAUGGUCUCUCUCAUCCUGGAGUACGCACAACGGUCAAACUGGUAACACAGCGUUACGUUUGGCCUUCAAUAAAAAAGGACUGCAGAAAGUGGGCACAAGGUUGUGAAGCGUGUCAGCGAUCUAAAGUUACGCGCUAUACAAAAUCGCCAUCUGGUACCUUCGCAGCACCCUCAGGACGCUUUCAACACGUGCAUAUCGACAUUGUCGUUAUGCCCAUCUCAGAAGGUUUUAGGUAUUGCUUAACCUGUGUUGAUAGAUUCUCUCGUUGGCCGGAAGCUAUACCAAUGGAAGACCAAGAGGCCACCACCGUAGCGCGAACGUUCUUCUCGACCUGGAUUGCAAGAUUCGGCGUCCCACUGAAAGUUACCACAGACCAGGGAAGGCAAUUUGAAUCCCACCUGUUCAAGCAACUAAAUAUCUUGACUGGUACGGCCCAUUUUCGAACAUCCGCUUACCAUCCGCAGGCCAAUGGUCUUGUCGAACGCCUUCACCGACAGCUGAAAGGAGCGAUUAUGUGCCAUGCUGUUCCCCGUUGGACAGAAAUUCUUCCUGCAGUAAUGCUAGGAAUUCGUACUGCGUGGAAAGAUGACCUAAAAUCAUCAGCAGCAGAGAUGGUCUACGGAGAGCCAAUUCGAAUACCUGGAGAAUUCUUCGCUCCAACCAAUCCUGUAUGUAACGACGCACCAAUCAACUACGUACAGACAUUACGUCAAUACAUACAGCAACUACGUCCUACAGAUGGGUCAAAUCAUGGUAGGAGGUCAAUAUUUAUUUUCAAAGAGCUUUCCGACACGGAAAGCGUAUUUCUUCGUCGUGGUGGACCUAAAGGAUUAUUGCAACAACCGUACGAAGGUCCUUUCAAAGUUGUAGAAAGAUCCGACAAAACAUUUACCAACCAUCCACAAACAGCAAUUCUGUCAAGCAACCAUCAACCCGUUGUACACGUUCUGGAAGACGUGUCCGAUUCCCGGAUCGUCUACAAGUUUCGUGAUCUCAAUCACUGGCAGGGGGGUAUUGUGGCCGCGCAUACCUGCCCGCUGAUAUUUGACGAGAAGAUGCAGGCUAUCAUAAAGGAAUUGAAAGGAGGUAUAGCUGAUAAAGACGUGCGAACAGCAUUUAAGCGGGCGAUGACUGUCACCGUUACCAGGUCCUUCCAUGUGGUUAGCAAGACCAUCUGGAACCCUCUGGUGCGGGCGGGACCUAUCUAA